AUGAGCACCUACAAGCACCAACCCUACUCACCCGUCAACGGUGCCCUCCGCCCUCCUCCACACCCGCACACACACACAACGCACUCACGACGCUCGACAGACACUGGCUCGAAUACACCGACGCACGGCGCGAGAAUGCAGCAUGACCGGCAGAAUGGCGCAAUGCCAAUGCCCGUGGGAACCCAGCGCCCCUACUCGGUGGUGCCUGGUGGAGGAAAUGGUAUGCCGCCUCACCGCAUGGCAGUGAGUCCGCCCAAGAACAAGAGUGAGUAUAAGGAGAAUUUGCGUGUCUCCAGGGCUACGGCUAAGAUAAGGAAUCUGGCAGACACCCAACAUGUUCCCUGCAAGUUCUUCCUCCAGGGCCAAUGUCAAGCAGGCCAGAUGUGCCCAUUUUCGCACGACAUCGAGUCUACUACGAGGCCGACGCCUUGUAAGUACUUUGCAAAAGGCAGCUGCAAAUUUGGGAGGAAAUGUGCGUUGCUGCACAUCACACCAGACGGAACGGUGGUGAAUCGCUCGUCGUAUCCGCCGCCCCAGCAAUACAUGGGCGGAGCACCGCAGAUGCCACCUCCUGGUGCAUAUGGGCAACCAGCACCUCCAGGUCUCUUAUCGAUGCAGGCUCAAGGUCUAGAUCAGAGACACAAUGGAGACGGCCACCCUCAAGAUUUCGAGCACUACCAAUAUGGACCUCGAAGUGGCCAAGAGACACCGCAAAUCGAUAUGACUUAUACCUCCGCAUCACCAAAAUAUGGAUCACCGCAAAACGACCGCAUUGCAACUUCGCCGCAACAGAAAGGUCUUUCCGUGCUGGAUGCGCCUUUGCCAAAUUCGUUCGACAGCAACGGCAUAUCCUUCGCCGCUAGGAAUGGUCCAUUUGCGGCCUCCGUACCCUCAAAAUGGGAUUACGACUCCCCACCCUCAUCACUUCCUCGCAGGUCUCAGCUCGGCAACACAGCGCUUCGGGACCUCCACACGUCAGCCUUUGGUGACAGAGGCAUGGACAAUCUAAUCGCAAACAUGGGCUCUUCGCCGCCCAGCGGGACCGACGAGCCGAUCUCGUUCGAAAAGCGACCAUUGCAUUCAGAUCGUCUGCGAGGAUCAAGACAGAUCGUAUCGGCCAGUCUGGGCACGCGACCCCCAGUCCGUGGAUUUGAGUACUCCGACGAUGACGAAGACGACGGCGAUACCGAUAGAGAAGAAGACUUGUUACCUUCUAGUCUGCACGAUCUCAUUCCAGACGGAAGAUCGAGACGAGAGUCACGCCCACGCAACAACGAAGAGAACACACCCGCCUCCUUCCUCGCGGCUCAAAGACGUACCAUCUCACAUCACGGAACGCCAUCGGACAGCAAAGUUGGCAGUCCGCAUUCGUCAAGUCCUUCGCGAUACACCAGCAUGUUUUCAACGCGCAAUGCUAUGCGAGAUGCGUGGCCAAGUCAUGUUGGCUCUCCUCUCCGCGACUCUACAUUUCCGACGUCACAUCCGACAAGUGUGCCUCUGAAUGGAGAAUUAAGCCCAAGCAUUAGUAGUCCCCCGCGGCAAGCAAGCAUGAGCAUGCUCACACAGGAGCUUCAGCGCACGAAACUCGACGCUGCCCGCUCUGCGUCUGGACCACAGGCACCAAUACCGACGCGUACGCUCUCUAACGGGUCUGCCAGCCGAACAAGUAUGGACAGAGCGUUGAGCAGCAACAGCGUGAGCCAGCGCAUCGAAGAGGAACAGGAGCUGUUCGACAUGGAUUUCGAUACGCACCCCAAGCCAGCCGGACUAAGCAGCCCAUCUGAACAGUCCAACUUCGGACCUAUUGGUGGCGGACGCACCCUAAAGUGA